UGGCUCGGCUACGCGUCGGGCCGGCCCCGCGGCCGCUCAUGGGCAGCCAGGGCCGCCCGGGUCCCCCCGGGAACCGUGGGCCGGGCGAGGGCGAGGGCGAGGGCGGGGAGGCGAGGAAACUGCAGGACGCUAGGGUCGUGCGGGGGAAGCGAAGGAAGGGGAAGGGGAAAGCGGACGCAGGGCAAGGCGGAAGAGGAAGCGGGGCGGAAGGGAAGCCAGGGCCGCAGCGGGCGAAGCCGGCGGCGGGGCCGGGAGCUGAGGAAGGAGCUAGGGCAGGCCCGGGGCGGGAAGGAGGCGGAGGAGGGAGCGCGGAAGAUGGAGCGACAAGCACCGUGAAGCGAGAUGAGGGUAGCGUAGGGGCCGGGAGGGCGGCCCAAGGGAGCGACGAUGGCCAGGAGGAGGAACGGAGGGUCCGGACUGGUCGGCGGGACGAUGGCAGGCCGGGGAGAGCGCAGGGACGAGGGGCUCAAGCGUGGGGCGGCCUCGCGGGGACCGGAGCGGCCAUGGCGGCGGCGGCGGCCGAGGGGGAGGCGGCCGCUCGCCCCGCGGCGGGGCCGGCUCUGUGGCGCCUGCCGGAGGAGCUGCUGCUGCUCAUCUGCUCCUACCUGGACGUGCGGGCCCUCGGCCGCCUGGCCCAGGUGUGCCGCUGGCUGCGGCGCUUCACCAGCUGUGACCUGCUGUGGCGCCGGAUAGCCCGGGCCUCGCUCAACUCCGGCUUCACGCGGCUCGGCACCGACCUGAUGACCAGCAUCCCAGUGAAGGAACGGGUGAAAGUGUCUCAGAACUGGAGGCUGGGACGCUGUCGAGAGGGGAUUCUGCUAAAGUGGAGAUGCAGUCAGAUGCCCUGGAUGCAGCUAGAGGAUGAUUCUCUGUACAUACCCAGGCUAUUCAUCCUAGCCUACCAGUUCCGCCCAGAUGGUGCCAGCUUGAGUCGGCCCCUGGGAGUCUUUGCUGGGCAUGAUGAGGGUUGUCACUUUGUGUUGGCCAACUCACAUAUUGUCAGUGCAGGAGCAGAUGGGAAGAUUCGUGUUCAUGAGAUUCAUAGCACCUUCACUGUCAAGUACUCGGCUCAUGAACAGGAAGUGAACUGUGUGGACUGCAAAGGGGGCAUCAUUGUGAGCGGCUCCAGGGACAGGACAGCCAAGGUAUGGCCUUUGGCCUCAGGUCGGCUGGGGCAGUGCUUACACACCAUCCAGACUGAAGACCGGGUCUGGUCCAUUGCUAUCAGCCCAUUACUCAGCUCUUUUGUGACAGGGACAGCUUGUUGUGGGCACUUCUCACCUCUGAGAAUCUGGGACCUCAACAGUGGGCAGCUGAUGACACACUUGGGCAGUGACUUUCCCCCAGGGGCUGGGGUCCUGGAUGUCAUGUAUGAGUCCCCUUCUACACUGUUGUCCUGUGGUUAUGAUACCUAUGUUCGCUACUGGGACCUCCGCACCAGUGUCCGGAAAUGUGUCAUGGAGUGGGAGGAGCCCCAUGACAGCACCCUGUAUUGCCUGCAGACCGAUGGCAACCAUUUGCUGGUCACAGGUUCCUCCUACUAUGGUGUCGUUCGGCUGUGGGACCGGCGCCAGAGGGCCUGCCUGCAUGCCUUCCCUUUGACUUCAACACCACUCAGCAGUCCUGUGUACUGCCUGCGGUUCACCACCAACCAUCUCUAUGCUGCGCUGUCUUAUAAUCUCCAUGUCCUGGACUUUCAAAACCCAUGACAAGCUACCCCUGCCUAUGGGCCAGGGAAGCUAGCUACUCAGGGACCUCUCUUGCCUGGAGGAUACAGUGACACCUCCUUCACCACCCCUGCUUUAUACCUAGACCUGUGGCCAUAGUGCUUGGGUACCUAAAGCUAGAGGCCCCUACUUCUGGGGCAUUGGGGCUCACCCAGCAAUGCAGGCCCUCCCAGGACCUGUAAAGAGAUGGGACCGAAGAAUAUAGCUGAACCCAGGCCUUGCACCCAUUUGGCCAGAGCAAGGGCUUGGCCUGGAAAGGCUAACCCUGCUCCCACCCCUCAUACAGCCAUGUUAGAUUAUAGUGAGGUGGGGCACUCCCACCUUCCCAGGUGGCACUUUCUUUCCUUCCCUGGAAGGAAAGUUGAGGAUGCUAGUACUCUGCUGGCACUGGCCACCUCCUUGGUCAGACCCUACCUUUGACCAUCCUCUUGGGAUUGGGGGUCAUUCCUGGGGCAUUGCAUUGGCCUGGUUUCACUUUGACUCCAAGAAAGGACAAAGGGAACCUCGUAGUUUGGGUGGUUCUAAGCUAGCCCUAUCUCAGGCCGGCUGUGGAGAUGUGCUAUUAUUUUCACUUUUGUAAAAAUAAAGUUUAAUUGUUCACAGAUCUGUUUCUUCAAUGUCUAGGCAAUUCUAGAAGGCCCUGGGAAGAUGUGCAUGCUGCAGACACGACAAGACCAGACUCACAACUUUUGUGUCCCAAAAAACAAAGGUCUUUUUUCUUUAGGAAUUCCUCUUCAUUGACUAUCCACACCUUUCUCUUUAGCAGAGGGGAGGUAUGUCACCUUUGGGGUACAGACUGGGGAUUGUGGAAGGACUCCAGGCUGCUUGGGUGCUAAGUUGCUAUCACUUGGGUGAUCUUUCUUCAACACACACCCUUUGCAACACUGUGACUCUUAUUCUGGUUUUUUACUCACAUCUUAACAUGCUGUGCUCAAUUUGAAUUUUUUAAACUUUCCCCAUACACACACAUACCUUAGGGAAUUUCUUCUCAGCUACUUUUGCAAUACAAGCUAGCACAGUGGCCCCUCCAGCUUAGACUCCCUCUGAGGUUAUAUAGACAGUUUGGGGGAGAUUCCCUCCCCUGCUGGGGUCAUGGGUGCUCCCACCCUAUUCUCCCUUUAGGAAGA